AUGUUGGUAGAUGUAGUGCGUCAAGAAAGUGGGACGACAAAUGAUGGAAACGUUGCCAGGCAUUUUUUCAGUGAACCAGCACUAUUAGCAAACAUAACAGGAAUUGAUGAGACUCUAAUACGCAGAUUCUCCGUAAUUUUACAAGGCAUCUCUUGUGGAUACGAUCUUAAUCCUGAAGCAUUCAAGAAAUAUGCUCUGGAUUCUGCCCGACUUUUCGUGAAUUUAUAUCCCUGGUUUAAGAUGCCAUCAAGUGUCCACAAGAUACUGAUCCACGGUGCAGAUGUCAUAAAUUCUUUAAUUCUUCCAAUAGGCCAGCUUAGCGAAGAGGCUUUAGAAGCACGGCAUAAAGAAUGUCGAUACUACCGCCAAUACAAUUCUUGA